UCAAUUAAAAUUGUCAUUAUGUUCAUAAUAAUUCAUUGUCUUUCAAAUAAUUCUUCAUCUUUCUAGAAAGAAAUAGAAAAUAAUUAUAAUACAGUGCAAUUUGGACUUUGUGUCUUAUUAUCAUCGAAACUAUUCUAAAAUCAAGUUUUUAUUUUCAAAACAUAUUUUUAAACAUAACAUUAUAUUUGUAAAAGAAUUCUUCCAAAAAGAAAAUAAAUUUAUUUACAAUAGAUAUUUUUAAUCGAUGAUAUUUUAAAAAAACAACAAUUUGUAAAUAUGACUGAAAUUUCUGAAGAAUCAAAUGUACUUCAUGUGGAUGAUGAUUUGGAAUAUGAACCAUCAUUGAAAAAUGUUAUUGAACAAAGAUCCCUUAAAUGGAUUUUUGUUGGUGGAAAAGGUGGUGUUGGAAAAACAACCUGCAGUUGUUCUUUGGCUGUACAAUUAUCGAAAUCUCGCGAUAAUGUUCUUAUUAUUUCAACUGAUCCAGCACACAAUAUUUCUGACGCAUUCGAUCAAAAAUUCAGUAAAGUACCAACAUUAGUACGAGGUUUUGAAAAUUUAUUUGCAAUGGAAAUUGAUCCAAAUGUUGGUGUUAAUGAAUUACCGGAUGAAUAUUUUGAAAAUGAAAUGGGUGGUGCCGGAGGUGGUGAAGCAAUGCGUUUAAGUAGAAGUGUAAUACAAGAUAUUGUUGGAUCAUUUCCCGGAAUAGACGAGGCAAUGAGUUAUGCGGAAGUAAUGAAAUUAGUGAAGGGUAUGAAUUUUUCCGUUGUGGUAUUUGACACUGCUCCAACAGGUCACACUCUAAGGUUAUUAUCAUUUCCACAAGUUGUUGAGAAAGGUUUAGGGAAAUUAAUGCGUCUCAGAAUGAAAAUUAGCCCAUUUAUUUCGCAGAUUAGUUCCUUAUUGGGAAUGUCAGAUUUUAAUAUAGACACAUUUUCACAAAAAAUGGAAGAAAUGUUAUCAAUUAUUCGACAAGUUAAUGAACAAUUUAAAGAUCCUGAACAAACAACAUUUGUUUGUGUUUGUAUAGCAGAAUUUUUAUCACUUUAUGAAACAGAAAGGCUGGUUCAGGAAUUAACAAAAUGUGGAAUCGAUACACACAACAUUAUUGUUAAUCAAUUAUUAUUUUUAAAAGAAGGUGAAGUGCCUUGUAGAUUGUGUCGUUCAAGGCGUAAAAUUCAGGACAAAUAUUUAGAUCAGAUCAUGGAUCUUUAUGAAGACUUUCACGUCACAAAAUUACCUCUACUUGAAAAAGAAGUGCGUGGAGUACAACAAGUUAAAGAAUUUUCAGAAAAUCUACUCACGCCUUAUAAACCGUAAUUUUAAAAUACAAAUUCUUCGAAUAUUAUCCUUUUUUUCCUUUUAUAUUGCAUAAUAUCUGCUAUUUUAUAUAUUUUAAUACAAAAAAAAAAUGUUACAAGACUUAACAAAAAUUUUCUCCAUUUUACGUAAUUCUUUUUUUGGUAAUUUAAAUUAGGGUUGUAUUUAUUAAUAAAAAUUUCUUAGUCAUUCA